AUGUACUUCAUCCGUCUCGCUCCACCGACCGCAAGAAAUCCUUUGAUUCGAGCCAUAUCGUCACUCGCGCCUGGGAGUAUUCUUCAAGGCACCUAUUGGAACUACCGCAUUCUCAACCACAACCACGUUAAGGGGGAUAGCACACAUAUCUCUGAUGUCUUCAAAGCCGAGGUCAUUCCACAUGAGAAUUAUCAUAACACCCCCAAGGCUCCCAAAUGGGCUUUUGUCAAAGGGGCUUUACCUGACAAUGCAACUGCCAUACUGAAUCUGGAACGCGAACGUCAUGCUUAUCAUCUUCCUGGUGUCUCUUCCAGUCAGUACUUCCGGAAGAUGUACGACGUGAUCGACGAUAGCACUAUCGCCUUAGAAUGGCUGGAUACCACUCUUGCAGAGUUGAAAUACCAGCCUAAUGAUAUGGGCACUCAUUCACUUGUUGUUGCUGUUCUAAGAGCAGCACUGACUAGUUGUGCCGUUCUGGAGGACUCCAAAUAUGUGAAUACAGACUAUAAGCCUGCUAAUAUUCUGCUUUCUGGCAUCGGUUCUGACUGUAUCAUCGCCAAAGUGGGAGACUUGGGGCUCAUGGUUCCGGUUGGCCACCUACGCCACGCCCAGCCAUAUGCCAUGCGAGCCCCUGAAGUCUACCUUGGCCAAGCAUGUGCAGAGCCAUCGCAGGUCAGGGCAGUUGCUGCGAUGUUUCUUUGCUGGAUCAAACCGGGUGUGUUAGGCAUGUGGGGUAGCUAUCAUCCUUUCCUGAACGAGGCUUGGUCUAUAGUAAAGAUUAAGCGACUCUUUCCCGAGUGGGACAUUCCGACACCUGAUGAGGUCGAUGGGCACUUAAUUAAAACAGUAGUAAAUUGUGCCCAGUCUAUGACUGAAACCGAGCCAAAACUACAAGAAUUCUUACCUUUUGACGAGGAGACAAAAACGUUGGAGAUAUCGGACCAGCUGAGAGAUCUUCUUCGUUUCAUGUUGGUACCCGAUCCGGUUAAAAUGCCCUCCGCUUCAUCUGUGCUGGCAUCGAGGGAGUUGCAAGCUUUUGAGAAUCUUGGCGCAUAA